UGAGAAGGCACAAACCCAAACAUAAUCAGGUGGUGAGGCUUUAUGGAUGGUGGAUGUACAGCAAUCCCAAGCAGGACCGAAACUUGUGUACAGAGAAGUCUUAUUACUCCAUUUCAUUCGUUUGAUCGUCAUUUCCUCUGUUUGUGCAAUACUAGAGUCUCAGAUGUGUAUGUACAGCAUAAUGGUAACAUCAAACGUAAAUUAUGUUUGAUUAACAAUCGUUCUGUGUCCGGAGAAAGAUGGAACAUGUGAAGAUACUUGAAGUAUUUGAAAGUCCUUUUUGUUGACAUGACAACACGCUACAAAAUGGAUGUCAUUGGUGACUAUGAGUAUAAUAGAAAAGAGAUACUUGGGCAUGGAGCCUUUGCUAUUGUGUUCAAAGGGAGAAAGAAAGAGAACACCUCUGUACCAGUGGCAGUGAAAUGCAUCACAAAGAAAAACAUUGCCAAGUCCCAGCAGCUGCUAAGCAAAGAGAUAAAAAUCCUCUCUGAGCUGUCAACUCUGAAGCAUGAAAACGUGGUGGCCCUACUUGACUGUAAGGAAACAGCAAAUCAUGUCUACCUUGUUAUGGAGUAUUGCAAUGGAGGGGAUCUUGCAGAAUAUUUAGCAAGUCAAGGCACCCUUACUGAAGACACCUUGUCUUCAUUUUUACGCCAGAUAGCUGGGGCCAUGAAGGCCAUGAAUGCCAAAGGUAUCGUGCACAGAGAUCUCAAACCACAAAAUAUUUUGUUGUGCUGCAAGGGACCCAAAGCCACUACACCACCGUCACAGAUGCAGUUGAAAAUAGCUGAUUUUGGAUUUGCACGAUUCCUUCAAGAUGGUGUAAUGGCAGCUACAUUGUGUGGCUCCCCUAUGUACAUGGCUCCUGAGGUGAUCAUGUCUCUGCAAUACGAUGCCAAGGCAGAUUUGUGGAGCAUUGGCACCAUCGUAUUCCAGUGUCUGACAGGAAAGGCCCCUUUCCAAGCACAGACCCCACAGCAGCUUAAACAGUUCUAUGAGAAACAUGCAGACUUGCAGCCAAAAAUACCAGAAGGAACGUCACCAGAGCUCAGAGAUCUUUUGCUGAGGUUGUUAAAACGAAAUGCUAAAGAUAGAAUUGAGUUUGAGGACUUUUUUGUGCACCCAUUUUUGCAAAAAGCUAAACCUCUUGUGCCAAAGACUGUGUCAAAGAAAAGAACAUCAUCCCCAGUCACUGUGCCAAGGCGAACUCCAAGUGUGUCCUCAGAGGGAUCGACACCAAGCAAAACUGCUGGCUCUUCUCCAUCUGUGGCUAAGGCAGAGGAAGUUGAGGAGAUGACACGCACCCUCACCGACUCUCAUGGCCAGGAUACAGGGUUUACUAAGGUUGAGAAACCUGCUGUCCGACCAGACAGUCCUACAGCAGAGGACUUUGUUUUAGUGCCGAAGAACUUGGCAGUUGACAUCCCAGAGAAUGGUGGCAAGCCCAACAAAACCCUACGUGCCCCACUAGCUGAAGAGGAGUACGAUGUUUUUGGAGAGAGCACCCAGCAGUCAGUUCGGCCUGUGAAUCUCAGUGCUGCUGCAGGCAAGGCUACCUUCCAUAGGGAGGAGCAUGAUCGCAAGCCCUCCCCCACCGCCAAGCCACCAAGUCCUACUGCACACUUCCCUCCUCAUCCUAAGCAGAGCCCUGCAUCACCAGCACCAUCACCCCCUGUCUGCCAGAAUUCUUCUCAACACUUGGGAUCAUCUACUCCAAUCCCUGUUCCCUCCCCUGCCCGGUUGUCACAGCAGAUACGAGAUGGCACAGGAUCUCCUUUGCGAUCUGGGACCAAGAAGCGCUCUACUUCAGCCGACUCAUCUCAGGAGAGUGACAAAGCUGUGGCCAAAAAAGUCCCAGAAUCUACAUUGUCAGGGCCAGAUGUCAGUUCCAUGUCACCACCCUCAGUCCAGUUUUCCAUUGGCACUCCACCUACAACUGGUAGCAACUGGAAGCGCAGUAGCAUUGGUGGAUCACCAAUUUCAGCGCGUGCAGAAUUUUUUUCUGUUGGUUCGGCACCCGUAGGCUCACCUCUUCGUCGAUCAGCAAGCUGUUCCCCAGGCACGCGUUACACCUCAGCUUUUUCUGGUGCCCCUAGUUCUCUGCCCACUAUCAGUGGCUCCCCUACCAGAAAUUUGCCCACCUGUCACCUCCAUCACCCACACUACCACCACCACCACUUUGCAGGCAAAGACCCAUAUUUGGAGCAGAAACCAGGUUUUCACCGAUAUCCCACUGUGCCAGACUGCGUUGCUGUUGUUACCUAUCCAGAGAUGGGUCGAGAACAAUGCCACCGUUGUGGCACUGAACCUGAUCUUACUCAAGCCUUCAAUCAUCACCACAUGCUGCGGGCUGCCUUUAGCACCCACCAGCAUCCUCAUGCUGGUCUGGGCACUAUCAUUCCCUGGUCAGGAAGCCGUGAAAGACUGGUUUCUUUGGGCACUGACAAGGAGCGGGGCUCACCGUCUGCUUUAGAGCAUGAGCGAGCGAUUUCAGCAACUCCACGACGUAACAGCAUGCUGAUGGAGACUUCACCUCCUUCCUCCCUCAUGUUUGCUGCAUCUCCUCCCAACAUGGAGGGUCCCAUCAUGUUUGUUGCACCAGAGCUGUCAGAAGAAACAUUAAUGGAUGAGCAGCAUAACCUGACAAUGGCUAAACUUAGCUUUGUGUUGGAUCUUGUGGAGUGCAUCUUAGAACUGGCAGAAAUCCGUGGUUCUGGCUGCAAUCCUUUGGCAGAAUCUGUUUCCGCCAAGCAGGCAGAUGUUUUGCCAGCUGAGCAAGUUCCAAAAUUUACAGAGGCACAGAGGCGCCUGGAGCAGCUUGUUUUGUACAUUCGUUCUUUGCACCUGCUGUCAUCCUCUAUUUCCUUGGCCAACAAUGAGCUGCGUCAGGACCGCCUUCAGAGUGCUAGCUCCUUGCGCAAAGUGUUGAUGCAGAUGAAUGAGCUGUACCAGCACUGUAUGAACCAGUGCCGUGUGACCCAUGAAAAGCUUGGGGCUAACUGCAAGACACCACUUACUCCCCAGAUGGUCGUCAACACAGCUGAUAAGCUCAUUUACAACUAUGCUGUGGAGCAGUGCCAGUCUGCUGCACUUGACGAGCUGUUUGGAAACCCAAAAGAGUGCUUCCGGCGAUAUACUGUGGCUCAGAUUCUGUUGCACAGCCUAGCACAACAGACACAGAAUGUCAAGGAUCGACAUCUCUUGAACAAAUAUAAAGAAUCUGUGGAGCGGAGAUUAAGUAAUCUUGGGUCACCCAGUGUUGUGCAUCAGUGUGAAACAUGUUCCUGAUAGUUGCUGUAGUUUCCAACAUGCAUGUGGACACUACCCACGUGUAUCACUCCAUGCGCCCUUUCAUUUCUACAUACAUGCUCGUCCAUUAGUAGACCCAUCAGCAGGUCAACAAAGUCUAGCUGUUGUGGCCUGAAGCUCCUACAUCUUUUGGUGUGAUGACUUCAUCCCCCACCUCAGUGGAGACCAGGUAGCAGGAUCAGAUUACCUCCCAUGGUAGCCUGCAAGGUAGUACACUGACAGGUUGAAAUGGUCCCUUGUCAAGAGCAUGGAUUUUGUAAUGAUAUUCUGUGGGAGAGUGCAAGACUAUCCAGAAAGACACAUGUCCACCAUUGUGUUUUUAAUUGGCUAAAAGAAACAUGACUGUCAAGAAUGUUGGAACGUAAGGAAGAAUGCUUUGCUAAAAGAGCAUGUAGCGUUAUUUGGAAGAUAAUGUGAGUUGUGUCCCUGUCUCGAGUUGAGAGAACCGCGAACAUAGAAAAGGCAUUUAAUUGACAGUGAUGUCAUAGGAGUGGUGCCAACUAAGCAGUUGCAAAUCUUGGUGAUGAAGAUCAUACAAAAGUUUACAGAGUGUUUGAAAUAAGAGACUAGAUGACUGUGCUAGAAAACUGUUGGCCCCUGGAAGAUAGUAAACAGACUGAAAUAGCAGCCAUUUUCUUCCUCAGAAUUUUCCAUUUGCCUUCUUCACUCGUGAAUUCUGUCUUUAAAAACAGCGAGUCAAGUGAAAGUUCAGCCAAACACUUCUCACAUGUGUAUUUGAGUAAAGAUCCUACUUUUCAUUUGAAUUUUCUAGAGGAGAAAAGGAUUGUACGGAUUUUCCGAUUUUAAUGAUUUUGUAUAGUAAGAACAGACACAUUAUUUUUUUUUUUUUUAAACUAAGAGUGAUAAAAACUAGGAAAGAAGUAGUUGCAUAAAAAUUAUGUUAAAGGGAAAACAAAAGUCACAUGAUUGUAGGGGCGGGCCAUUAGAAAUCUCAAAUUUUCUAUUUUAAAAAAAAUAAACAUUACGGAGAACUACCAUUACACAGUGUCACAUCCUAUUGGUACCUAAUCAGCAAGUGUUUCAUAGUUUUUCUGAUCAUUCAGGAUGUCCAGUUUGUCUAGUCUUUGCUUGCACUGUAACAGAUUUUGAAAGGGACAUUGACACUGAAAGUUAACUACAUAGAGGUGCCUUUACUGUCAAUAACUUUAGCUUCAGAUGUCUCAGCUGAGAGUUCUGCUAGUCUAAAACAACAAAUUUGCCAUGUUUGCUAACUUACAAGGAUCAGACUCAGGAGAAACUUGGCAGGAACCCCUACUGCUCUUGCUUAUGAUUUUUAUUUUUUGAUUGUGGAAGAGAAAUCAUUACUCUUUUCCUUUCUGGUGAAGAUACUGCUGCAGUAUGUUGCCUAAUUGAAAUUACCAUUAAACUACGAUCAGCCAUUUUUAUCAUUAUUUUUAUUUUUUAAUCCUUCCCAUAAACACCAUACUUAUUAGACAUGAUAGUAACUUUAGUAGUGGUGCAAUCUUACAUUCUUACCAUUCUGAGCUACUUGAGCAGCAGUGGCAACACACCAGACAUAUUCAGCCAGUCAGGAGAUGAGAACAAACGUUUACUCUCUACUUCAGCUCAACACACAGCAUGAGUAUCAAGAGGAAGCUCACCUAGUUAUUUUGCUGGCCUUGAAAAAGCAGCUGAUCAUUAAGUUCAUUAAUGUCUACAAAUGGAGUUUUGGCUUGUUUAUUUUGUGGUGUGCCUGAUAGAAAAAUUUGUGAUAUAGUUUAUUUAUUUAGUGCUCAGUUUAGUUUCAGGACAUUAAAGUGUGGCCUAGUGGCAAGGUUUUUAUAUCCAUAGAUGAUUUUCUGGUUUAUUGAGUGACCUAUAAAACAGGCUUGCAGAAAGAAAUCCUCUCUCAGUGGCAUAAGCACAAAAACUGGCUUACUUCCCACGAGAUUUGUUAAGAAUGAAGCACAACCAAGAUUUUCUUGUAGUACUGGAAUAUCUUGUAAAGGAUACUGGUGUAGCAAAUAUUGGUCUCUUUUGGGAAAAAAUACCAGUGUUUGUAGCCAAUGUGGGAUAAAUGAAAAGAUUGAAAACUUUCAGAAAGUGACAUUAACAAGGUGUACAUGGGUUUUUUCCAGAGAGAGAAAUCUCAUUUUAUUUUGAAGAUGGGUAUGUUGAGCAUUGUAAGAAGUAAUAUUUGUACAUAGAGCUGCUUUACCUGUUGGAUAAAAAUUUCGACGUUGGUAAAUGACAUUGUGUGAUGCAUGUUAACAGUUGUUUGAGAUGUUUGGAGAUAUCAUUACUUGAAUGUAGCAUGGACACCACAUGUCUGUGUUAGAAGGCUGGUUUUCCGUGUGAUUAUUCAUCGUGAUAUAGCCAUAGUUGCUGGCACGGCGUAAAACACAACUAACCACCCGUGGGUUUAUGCUAAAAGUUCAAGUGAUUGUCUUGUGUACAUAAUAGCAUGUAAACUCUUAAGGCAAAGAAAGGUAAUACUGGUGAGAAAGUUGUAUGAAGCAAAAGAGAUGCACAAAACAGUUAUCCAUCAGUUUUCUCCCCUCGUCUGGCAGCGAGUCAUUUAAUCAAUGUUUAGGUCAUUAAAAAAAAAGAGGCAUUAGAGCAGGCAAGUCAAACAUGGCCCUUUGCAAGCACAUUUGCAGCCCCUCACAAGACACUGUUCACGUUUGCGGCCCUCGUGACAGCACAAAUGUGACCCUUGGAGGACCCUCAGACAUGUCUGCAUUAGAAUGUGUCAGAUAACACGAGUACAUCAUAGAUACUUCAAAAAAAAAGUGUAGACACCCAUAUCCAUUGUUACAAAACUGCACUUACACAGCAAGUUUGAAAGGGCUAUUUAUUUCCAAUUACCAUUGUGUAUGUUUUAUCUUAUUUCAAGCAAACUUUGCAGAAGAUGCCCUACAUACAGCUUCUUAUCUAAAAACUAUUGAUAAUAACUUCAACAGUGACCUCAGCUCCCAUGUGUGUGCAAGUAGAAUAGAUGCAGGAAGAUACCAGCAGUUUCUGACUCCUAUGCAAUUUCAUUUGUCUUGUUCACAUUCAUCUGUACCAAAGAUGUGCUGUGUGCUCUCCUUGGUCAUGGCUUGGCAUAACGCAGCGAUGGAGUAAUUUGAUUUUCUUAUAUAAGGCCUGUCUAGACCUUUAAGUUCUUUUCCUUUCUUGAAACUGUUUGCUGUGAUGGUGUAGGUAGCAGGAGUAGCUCUUCGCUGGUGCAGAUGCUAGCUACGAUACCCAGAUUUCCCCAGGCCUUGUUGGUCUUUUUCUUGUUUCGUCAUUGUUCUCAUCACUGCUUUAGUGGCUGACAAAAUAAUUUUUCCACAGUGGGGAUAGUAUGAACACGUGCACAGACUGUCUCCUCACAUUUCUGACCAACUACAUGCCUCUGCACUUUCAAGUACUUACUACUUCAGCAUUCUGAUUUGAGAUAAUCGUUGCUAAAUGUGCUUUAUCCCUGAUGGCUUUUAAAAGUGUGCAUUAAUACCUCUUUCUGGCAUUAAAUUUAUAUAUGUAGGCAAGAUAACAACUUUGGGCAUUUCCAGUGCCCACCACUUAUGUCAAAUGAAAAGAUGCAAAGGCUGAGGGUAGUGCUGUUCUUGAUUCUGGCUUAGCCUUAGGCUUUUUCCCAGCUCUUGACUUUGGGAACUUUACAUUAUGACUAUAGCAGAUAUUGUUCUACAGGUGCAAUAUAUCAAUGUGGUCUGAUAUUACUGUUGUGGAUAAAUUGUAGUGCAUACUGGUGAUGCAUCAUUUGAAAUUCCAGGGCAAAAUGGGAAGGGAGAUAAUUUUUUUUAAUGAUGUACAAUUUAUUCUAAUAAUGUACAUUUUCUGUGAAUUGCAAGAGACACCAUAAUACAGCUGUCGCACUUCAGAGAAGUUGAUACAUCUCUAUUUAGUGCUGCUUUGUGAGCCCACUGGUUAUUAACAAUAUGCAGCUAUACAGCACUGUUUCUAACACUUGGAGCAGUUUCUCUCUUUGCACUACAGAAAAUGCUAGCAUAUCCGCUCAGAGAAUUUUGUUUCAAAUAUUGCAAAUGUUGUGUGGUGCAACAUAAUUUGAGUAUCCAUUAUUCAACUGUGCUAGAACCAUUAUUUAAAGAACGUGAUAUGAACUGUUCAGGAAAAAUAUUCUAAUUUCAAUCCAUUAUCUUUAGAUGUCUGUACAGAGCCCAAUCUUCAUUAUGAAAGGUGGGGUGUUCACAUCUCUUCAAUUUUUAAAGUUCCAUAACCGUAACUGUGAUGGUCAAAUGUAAAUAAAUGUUACAUAAACUAUUGACAUUAACAGUGUGGCAAGCAGGUAUUUCUGUAGUGAUUCAUAUUUAUGAAUAAGGCAUUACAUGUGGCAUUACAGAUUACCAUAUAUAAGCAAUUGUUUGCAAGUCUUGCAUUCUUUUAUACUGAAACUGUAUUAGGGCAUGAGCAUUGCUGAAGAAUCAUCUUUGCAAUCAUGUUUCCAUGCAUUAAACUGAAAGGUGAAGACUGCGUGCUUAAAGUCUUUAUGGUAUGUAUUUUUCCUGCUACUAGAAAGACUUUUUCAGUUCUUUGCAGGAAUAGAAGGGUUUUCACGGAAGGUGAAAUUUGUACAUCGACAGGAACUUCUAAAGCUAACAAUGUGAGCUUCACCCUUCCACCAUGAAGUGAUUUGAGUUUCUUUUCCACUUUCUUUUUUUUUACAUGAGCAACAUCAUUAUAGUAGAAGAUUUGUGUUGCUGUCCUCUGAGGGAGGUCGUAAGUUAUUUUCUUUCGAAGGGUACCCUUACUGAAUAUACUUUACUGUAGAAUACGACAAAUCAAAGAUAAAAAAUAUGUGCAAACUCUAGACAUCGUCUUAUUUACUUUCUUUUCAUUAAGACCUUUGUAGUAGUACACAUAAUCAAUCAUUCCUCACUCUGUUCUGGUAAGUCAUUAAAUUCUCCAGGUGUUGGUCAAACUGUCAUAUUUUGCCUUGGUGACCUACCAAAAUAAAGGUUAGGUAAGUUGUUCAAAAUACCAAAUACAAAUGUUUGCUUUUUAAACUGCCUAUUCAUAGUCAUUUCUAUCUCAUCUUUUGUUAUUUUUAUUGCAAAGAUUGUUUUGCUCAUCUGCUGUAUAUGUAUGUUUUGUUAGAUAUUUAGCCUAAAAAAAAAAUUGUAAAUUAGAUAUUUCUGAAAUAAUUUUUAAACAUUUUCUAGUACAUCAAAUGUUUGGCGGUUUAUGUUAUAGGAAUGGUGAAAAAAAAAUUGAUCACAAGAAAUGUUUACAGUCCAAAUGCCCCUUAUCUAUCACAAGACCAGACCAUUUACCCAGUAAUUGUUAAGCCCAAAGUUUAUCAGAGCCUUACAACUUUGGAAGGAAUGGUUUGUGAUAAAAUCAUUUGGAAUGUACAACUGGAAAUGUUUGUUUUUACACACAGAAACUUAAUAUGUACCAUCUUAGAAAUCUCAACACAAUUCUGACUUUAAUGCAAUGGCAUACCCCUCUUGAUAACAGCCAUUCUAAGUUGUUUUCUGUUGAACGUUCGUAUUGAGUGAAAUAUCUAUUUUAGUAUCAGUGCAAAACUUACUGUAUACCACAGUGAUGUCUUUGUGGUUUUUACUUCUAUAAAUUUAAAUACUAUAGAUUUUGUUGUAAGCAACAACAGUGUUUUCGAGUUAGAUGAACAGAAAUUUGAAACCAUAACUUUAUUCAAGUAGGAUGCCCCCUUCCCCAACCUUCUUGCCACACUAAUGUCCAUCCAUGUGUCUGUUAAUUUUUUGAUGGUGCCAAUGUUUCAUCAAUCAUGGAACACUUGUCAAAAUAAACUAAUCCCAGGAUUGCAA